AUGGACGAUGAUGAGAAGGAAAGAAGGAACCUUCUACGCCGGCUCCUGCAGAGACACCUGAAGGAGACCGCCAAACGGCGCGCUAAAUUUCGGGACAAAUACUUCGAGUGGAACAACAGGGAACGUGUCAGUGAUGCUCUAUUGGACGACCUUCAGAAUGAUCCAACAUCGCCCUUUUGGCACGAUCCAUCCCACGUUGUCCUCGCGCUAGAUACGCGCAACGCCACUGAUGUCAACGAGAGCAUGAACACGGAACCUCAAGCCCAAGCCCGACAUGAGCGAGUUCGACUGGUCAAAGUUAUCAGAGGGAAGAGGGGACGAGGAGUCGAUGACACUGCCUGUGCACUUCAGGAACAGCAUGACCACGAAUUAGGGGUGGAUGAUUUUGGUUUGGCAAAAAGAGCUGAAUGA